GUCACUGUGCCAUCAUCUGUUUCCACAGCUGGGUCCCCUGGAAGGAGACGUCAUGAUUCCCACUCUCAUAGUGCUGCUCUGUCUUGGGCUGAGGCUGGGACCCAGGACCACAUUGGUGGCAGGUUCGCUCCCCAUACCCACCAUCUGGGCUGAGCCAGGCACUGUGGUCACAAAGGGGAAGCCUGUGACCAUCUGGUGUCUUGGGACCCAGGAAGCCCAGAAGUACUAUCUGUGUAAAAAGGAAAGCUUAAAACCCCAGGAGAUGUACAUCCCAUUGGAGCCUGGGAACAAGACCAACUUCUCCAUCCCAUUCAUGACGGAGUACUAUGCAGGGCUAUAUCGCUGUUGCUAUCAGAGUCCUUCUGGCUGGUCAGAGUACAGUGACAGCCUAGAGUUGGUGGUGACAGGUUUCUAUGGCAAGCCCAGCAUCUCAGCCCUGCCCAGCACCCUGGUGACUCCAGGAAGGAAUGUGACCAUCCAGUGUAGCUCACAGCAAGGGUAUGGAAAGUACAUUCUGACCAGUGAUGGAGAGCAGAGUGGAUCCUGGGUCCAGGACUCCCAGCGACAGUCCAAUGGGCAUUUCCGAGCCCUGUUUCCUGUGGGCCCAGUGACUUCCAACCCAAGAUGGGAAUUCAGAUGCUAUGGCUACUACCAGAGAACUUCCCAUGUGUGGUCAGUGCCCAGUGAUGCCCUGCAACUUCAGCUGUUGGACUCACAACCACAAGAUCAUACAAUGGAGAAUCUCAUUCGGAUGGCUGUGGCUGGCUUGGUCCUGGUGGUCCUUGGGUUUCUACUGUUUGAAAACUGGCACAGCCAGAGAAGGACUGAAAUGGAGGCCAGGAGGUAGACAGGUGAGGAAAGGAGAAGGCAGUGCAUCUCUCAGUGUGGUGGAGACAGAAAUGAACCGACAAGCAGAGAUGAUUCUGCAGCAUCUGCAGCACAAGUGUGUGGGCUGUCUUGGAAAUCUCAAGGAGAGUGACAUGGUUUGGGUGAGGGGUGGAGGUCAGAGGGGUCUGUGAAGAGAACUCUGCACCCAUCCAUUGGGGCAGUGUCCCUCAAAUGCUGUUGAUGCCUCGUACCAUCUUUUCAAACUCUGCAGGACCUGAGAAGCCCCCUUUGUCUACUCCACUUUCACAUAACCUAUCCCAGGUUUGAGAACUUAUUUCAUUCCUGAGUGUUUACUACUGAUUCUCUAUUUCUUUAUCUCAACUCAAUAUCUUGUGAACUAACAGAAUGGGCAACAUCAGAUUCCAACCUGAAAUUGAUAAAUUCAAAAUGAUUCCCUCGGAUGUGUCUAUCUUUAUGAAGUGCUUCUGUCUAAUUUCACUGGAUUUCAGCAACAUUGUCAUCUGCACAUUGAUGUUUGAUGGACAGCAUGGCAGAGAAAUGGGAAACACACACUGAAAUAAUAAUGCUUUUUAAAAUACCAAGUUUUAAUAUUUGUUGAUUUCUGAAGUGUAAGUUCCCAGACAACAAAAUUUAGGAGCCUGUGAUAUCUACAGAUGUGGGAUUUGGGAAGUGAUCACAGAAAUCUCCUUCACAGGCCAUGUGAGGUGGUCAUACCACAUCUCUCUUUACGCUCAGUGGUCCUCCUCUAAUGAUAAAUAUAGCACAUAGU